GAAAGGGAAGGAGUGGAGAGAAGGAAGGAGGAGACGAAGGACUAGAGAGGUUGGAAGGGGGAAGGGAAGGAGCAGAGAGGAGGAAGCCACUUUAACUUAACCCCACAUGACUCAGGAAGAACUGAUCUCGCAUGAGGCAGUGUCAGCUGUCCGAGCGGGGAGGGGGACGGCGGGUGGUGAUGAGGGGUCUAUUACAUUUCACAUGUUCCAGAAUGGAUUCCACAGAGUGCCCCACACUGAGAACAAGGCUAUAUAUAACCUACCAGUUGCAGCAGGAGGUAAAGGGUCGGGACAGCUGAGGGAGAGAGACCAGCCGCCCCGGAGUACACUCCUUAUGGUUCAAAUCACAAAGACCGAGCCUCCUUAUACCACAAAGGCCGAACCCUAUACUCCUCUUUCCAGGCUGGGCAGUGAAGGGAGCCUAAGCUCGGAGCUCUGCCGUGUGGACAGAAGACAGACAGGACAGACACCAAGGACCAACAGACAGGACAGACACCAAGGACCAAAACGCCCUAGGUCUCUUGUUCCCUGCUUAUCGACUGGGAGUUGUCCCCCUGGACCGAGGCAUCAUGGCUCUGUCCAUCGACCCAACGGAGGAGCCCAGGAUGUACCAGCAGACCCUGUUGCAGGACGGACUCUAUGAUCUACUGGAGAAUGACAAGCUGGUGGACUGUGUCCUGAAGAUCAAGGGCAAGGAGUUCCCCUGCCACCGUCUGGUGCUGUGUGCCUGCUCGUCCUUCUUUAGGGCCCUGUUCCUGUCAGAUCUGGAAGAGGAGAAGAAGAGAGAGGUGGUGUUGGAGGAUGUAGAGCCGGGGGUCAUGGGUCUGAUUCUGAAGUACCUCUAUACCUCCACCAUUAACGUGACAGAGCAGAAUGUCCAGGACAUCUUCUCUGUAGCCAACAUGUUCCAGAUCCCCUCGAUCUUCACAGUGUGUGUCUCCUUCCUCCAGAAGAAACUUAGUCUAAGUAACUGUCUGGCUAUAUUCAGACUGGGCCUGAUGCUGGACUGUCCUCGCCUCGCUGUCUCCGCUCGCAACUACGCCUGCGAACGCUUCCAGCUCAUCUCCCGUGACGAUGAGUUCCUGACGCUGGGGCCCAGCGAGCUGGCAGCUAUCUUGACAGCGGACACACUGAAUGUAGAAACGGAGGAAGAGGUGUUUGAGGCCGUGGAGAAGUGGGUCGGUCAAGAUGUGGAGAACAGGCUGAAGGAACUACCCGGACUGAUGGACUGUGUCAGACUCAGACUGGUCCACAAGGACUACUUUACUGAGAUGGUGGAGAAGCAUGAGUGGAUCUGCUCCAACCCUGAAAUGGAGAAGAGGCUUCAAAUGGUCAGAGACGCUCAUGCUGGAAAACUGCCUGACCUCCCGCCUCAGAAGAAAACAAAGAAGAAGACGGAAGAAAAUAAGACAGAGCAGAAGGGAGGAGAGGAGAAGGAGGGAGAGGAGGAGGAGGAGGAGGAGGAGGAGGCUCUACUCCCGGGGAUCUUGAAUGAUCAACUGCGUUUUGGGAUGUUCCUGAGAGACCUGGUGUUCAUGGUGAGUGACACGGGGGCGGUGGCGUACGACCCCACAGGGAACGACUGUUACGUCGCCUCGCUCUCCACUCAGAUCCCCAAGAACCAUGCCUCCCUUGUCACCAAAGAGAACCAGAUCUUUGUUGCUGGGGGGCUGUUCUACAAUGAGCUGAACAAGGAGGAUCCUCUCAGCUCCUACUUCUUACAGUACGACCCAGUGAGUGCUGAUUGGCUGGGCAUGCCCCCCAUCCCCUCGCCCCGUUUCCUGUUCGGCCUGGCUGAGGCGGAGAACAGCAUCUUCAUGGUGGGAGGGAAGGAGCUGAAGGAGCAGGAGUCCAGUACACUGGACUCAGUGCUGGUCUAUGACAGACAGUCUUUUAAAUGGGGCGAGUCUGACCCCAUACCGUACCCCGUCUACGGCCACGCUACUGUGUCUCACAACGGUCUUAUUUAUGUGAUCGGAGGAAAAUCGGAUAGCAAGAAGGUGACGAAGAGGAUGUGUGUGUACUACGCACAGCGGUUUGAGUGGAAGGAGCUGGCUCCGAUGCAGCUGGCCCGCUCUCUGUUUGGAGCCACCAUCCAUAAAGACAAGAUCUACGUAGCAGCAGGCGUCACAGACACCGGCCUGACAGACACCAUGGAGGUCUACGACAUCAUCACCAACAAGUGGUCAGACUUUGUGGAGUUCCCUCAGGGUCGUAGCUCACUCAGUCUGGCAUCGGUGGCCGGGGGUCUCUACGCUGUUGGAGGCUUCGCCAUGAUGCCCAGCGAGGACAAGGAGGAACUCCUCCCCAAGGAGAUGAAUGACAUCUGGAGGUAUGACGAGGGGGAAAGGAAGUGGGUGGGUGUUCUGAGGGAGAUCCAAUACGCCUCUGGAGCCACCAUCUUGGGGGCACGACUCAACACGCUUCGACUCACCAAGAUGUAACACUCCUCAACACCAUGAGACUCACCGAGUUGUAAACAUGUUACAUUUUUCACAGUGCCACCUGUUCCAACCCAUCUGUUAUUUGAUCAAUUCUGUUGUGUUUGACCUGGACGGAGUUUGUGAGAGGUCACAUUGAAAAGCAUCUUUGGGGCCUCCUGAGUGGUGCAGGAAGCAGUCUAAGGCACUGCAUUUCAGUGCUUGAGGCAUCACUACAGACCCGGGUUCGAUCCCAAGCUGUGUCACAACUGUCCGUGACUGGGAAUCCCAUAGGGCGGCGCACAAUUGGCCCAACAUCGUCCGGAUUAGGGUAGGGUUUGUUGGCCGGGGGGCUUUACUGGGCUCAUCACGCCCUAGCCACUCCUUGUGGUGGGCCGGGUGCCUCCAGGUUAUCAGUUGAACAGUGUUUCCUCCAACACAUUGGUGCAGCUUCCAGAUUAAGUUUCUCAGAGGAUGCAUGAUUCAACUUUAGCCUCUCCCUUUGGAGAGUUGCAGCGAUGAGACAAAAUAGUAAUUGGAUCACAAUUGGAUAUCACGAAAUCGGGGUUAAAUACUAACAACAACAAAAAUAUAUAUAGAGUACAAGUCAAAAGUUUGAACACACCUACUCGUUCAAGGGUUUUUCUUUAUUUUUACUAUCUUCUACAUUGUAGAAAAAUAGUGAAGACAUCAAAACUAUGAAUUAACACAUGGCAUCAUGUAGUAAGCAAAACAUUUUAAACAAAUCAAAAUAUAUUUUACAUUAGAGAUUCUUCAUAGUAGCCAUCUUUUGCCUUGAUCACAGCUUUGCACACUCUUGGCAUUCUCUCAACCAGCUUCACCUGGAAUGCUUUUCCAACCUUCUUGAAGGAGUUCCCAGAUAUGCUGCUUUUCCUUCACUCUGUGGUCCAACUCAUCCCAAACCAUCUCAAUUGGGUUGAAGUCCAGUGAUUGUGGAGGCCAGGUCAAUCACUCUCCUUCCUGGUCACACAGCCCUUACACUGCCUGGAUGUGUGCUGGGUUGAUUUCCUGUUGAAAAACAAAUGAUAGUCCCACUAAGUGCAAACCAGAUGGGAUGGCGUAUCGCUGCAGAAUGCUGUGGUAGCCAUGCUGGUUAAGUUGGACUUGAAUUCUAAAUGAAUCACAGACAGUGUCACCAGAAAGCACCCCCACACUUCACUGUGGAAACCAAAAAAUAAAAACCAAUAAAGAAAAACCCUGGAAUGAGUAGAUGUGUCCAAACUUUUGACUGAUACUGUACAUACAUAUACAGUGGGGAGAACAAGUAUUUGAUCCACUGCCGAUUUUGCAGGUUUUCCUAUUUACAAAGCAUGUAGAGGUCUGUCAUUUUUAUCAUAGGUACACUUCAACUGUGAGAGACGGAAUCUGAAACAAAAAUCCAGAAAAUCAGAUUGUAUGAUUUUAAAGUAAUUAAUUAGCAUUUUAUUGCAUGACAUAAGUAUUUGAUACAUCAGAAAAGCCAAACUUAAUAUUUGGUACAGAAAACUUUGUUUGCGAUUACAGAGAUCAUACGUUUCCUGUAGUUCUUGACCAGAUUUUGGCCCACUCCUCCAUACAGACCUUCUCCAGAUCCUUCAGGUUUCGGGCUGUCGCUGGGCAAUAGACUUUCAGCUCCCUCCAAAGAUUUUCUAUUGGGUUCAGGUCUGGAGACUGGCUAGGCCACUCCAGGACCUUGAGAUGCUUCUUACGGAGCCACUCCUUAGUUGCCCUGGCUGUGUGGUUCCCAUCUUCAAUGCUCUUACUGAGGGAAGGAGGCUGUUGGCCAAGAUCUCGCAAUACAUGGCCCCAUCCAUCCUCCCCUCAAUACGGUGCAGUCAUCCUGUCCCCUUUGCAGAAAAGCAUCCCCAAAGAAUGAUGUUUCCACCUCCAUGCUUCACGGUUGGGAUGGUGUUCUUGGGGUUGUACUCAUCCUUCUUCUUCCUCCAAACACGGCGAGUGGAGUUUAGACCAAAAAGCUAUAUUUUUGUCUCAUCAGACCACAUAACCUUCUCCCAUUCCUCUUCUGGAUCAUCCAGAUGGCCAUUGUCAAACUUCAGACGGGCCUGGACAUGUGCUGGCUUGAGCAGGGGGACCUUGCGUGCGCUGCAGGAUUUUAAUCCAUGACGGCGUAGUGUGUUACUAAUGUUUUUUUUAGACAGUCGUCCCAGCUCUCUUCAGGUCAUUGUCCUGCCGUGUAGUUCUGGGCUGAUCCCUCACCUUCCUCAUGAUCAUUGAUGCCCCACGAGGUGAGAUCUUGCAUGGAGCCCCAGACCGAGGGUGAUUGACCGUCAUCUUGAAAUUUUCUAAUAAUUGCGCCAACAGUUGUUGCCUUCUCACGAAGCUGCUUGCCUAUUGUCCUGUAGCCCAUCCCAGCCUUGUGCAGGUCUACAAUUUUAUCCCUGAUGUCCUUACACAGCUAUCUGGUCUUGGCCAUUGUGGAGAGGUUGGAGUCUGUUUGAUUGAGUGUGUGGACAGGUGUCUUUUAUACAGGUAACGAGUUCAAACAGGUGCAGAUAAUACAGGUAAUGAGAGGAGAACAGGAGGGCUUCUUAAAGAAAAACUAACAGGUCUGUGAGAGCAGGAAUUCUUAGUGGUUGGUAGGUGAUCAAAUACUUAUGUCAUGCAAUAAAAUGCAAAUUAAUUACUUAAAAAUCAUACAAUGUGAUGUUCUGGACUUUUUUUAUUUUUAGAUUCCGUCUCUCACAGUUGAAGUGUACCUAUGAUGAAAAUUACAGACCUCUACAUGCUUUGUAAGUAGGAAAUCCUGCAAAAUCGACAGUGUAUCAAAUACUUGUUCUCUCCACUGUAUAUUUCUAAUAAAAAUUGUAUAUAUAUAUAUAUAUAUAUAUAUAUAUAUAUAUAUAUAUAUAUAUAUAUAUAUAUAUAUAUAUAUAUAUAUACACAUAAAAUAGCAUAUAUGUUUUAGCACAGCUUGAAAGACUGGAAUGUAAAUGUUGAGUGGCUUAACUGCAGGUAAAUUGUAUGUUUAAAUAUUCAAUAAAAUAAUAAAAACACUGGAACCACAGGAGCUGCACCUCUUCCACCACCACAACACAUCUAGAGGACUCUAUUAUUAACAUUUAUAGAGGACUCUAUUAUUAACACUUUUAUAAGACUCUAUUAUCAACACUUCUAGAGGACUCUAUUAUGAACACUUCUAGAGGACUCUAUUAUUAACAUUUAUAGAGGACUCUAUUAUUAACACGUCUAGAGGACUCUAUUAUCAACACUUCUAUAAGACUCUAAUAUUAACACUUCUAGAGGACUCUAUUAUGAACACUUCUAGAGGACUCUAUUAUUAACAUUUCUAGAGGACUCUAUUAUUAACACUUCUAGAGGACUCUAUUAUUAACACUUCUAGAGGACUCUAUUAUUAACACUUCUAGAGUACUCUAUUAUCAACAUGUCUAGAGGACUCUAUUAUUAACACUUCUAGAGGACUCUAUUAUUAACAUUUCUAGAGGACUCUAUUAUUAACACUUCUAGAGUACUCUAUUAUUAACAUUUCUAGAGGACUCUAUUAUCAACACUUCUAGAGUACUCUAUUAUUAACAUUUCUAGAGGACUCUAUUAUCAACACUUCUAGAGGACUAUAUUAUCAAAACUUCUAGAGGACUCUAUUAUCAACACUUCUAGAGGACUAUAUUAUCAACACUUCUAGAGGACUCUAUUAUUACAACAUGUCUAGAGGAUUAUAUUAUUAACACUUCUAGAGGACUCUAUUAUCAACACUUCUAGAGGACUAUUAUCAACACUUCUAGAGGACUCUUACCAACACAUCUAGAGGACUCUAAUAUUAAUACUUCUAGAGGACUCUAUUAUCAACACUUCUAGAGGACUAUAUUAUUAACACUUCUAGAGGACUCUAUUAUUACAACAUGUCUAGAGGAUGAUAUUAUUAACACUUCUAUAGGACUCUAUUAUCAACACCUCUAGAGGACUCUAUUGUCAACACAUCUCGAGGACUCUAAUAUUAACACUUCUAGAGGACUCUAUUAUUACAACACAUCUAGAGGACUCUAAUAUUAACACUUCUAGAGGACUCUAUUAUCAACACAUCUAGAGGAUUCUAUUAUUACAACAUGUCUGGAGGACUAUAUUAUUAUCACUUCUAGAGGACUCUAUUAUCAACACUUCCAGAGGACUCUACUAUUAACACUUCUAGAGGACUAUAUUAUUACAACACAUCUAGAGGACUCUACUAUUAACACUUCUAGAGGACUCUAUUAUUACAACACAUCUAGAGGACUCUAAUAUUAACACUUCUAGAAGACUCUAUUAUCAACACUUCUAGAGGACUCUAUUAUUAACGCUUCUAGAGGACUCUAUUAUCAACACAUCUAGAGGACUCUAUUAUCAACACAUCUAGAGGACUCUAUUAUCAACACAUCUAGAGGACUCUAUUAUCAACACAUCUAGAGGACUCUAUUGUCAACACAUCUAGAGGACUCUAUUAUCAACACUUCUAGAGGACUCUAUUAUCAACACAUCUAGAGGACUCUUAUCAACACAUCUAGAGGACUCUAUUAUCAACACUUCUAGAGGACUCUAUUAUCAACACUUCUAGAGGACUCUAUUAUCAACACAUCUAGAGGACUCUUAUCAACACAUCUAGAGGACUCUAUUAUCAACACUUCUAGAGGACUCUAUUAUCAACACUUCUAGGGGACUCUAUUAUCAACACUUCUAGAGGACUCUAUUAUCAACACUUCUAGAGGACUCUAUUAUCAACACUUCUAGAGGACUCUAUUAUCAACACUUCUAGAGGACUCUUAUCAACACAUCUAGAGGACUCUAUUGUCAACACUUCUAGAGGACUAUAUUAUUACAACAUGUCUAGAGGAUUAUAUUAUCAACACUUCUAGAGGACUCUAUUAUCAACACUUCUAGAGGACUAUAUUAUCAACACUUCUAGAGGACUCUAUUAUCAACACUUCUAGAGGACUCUAUUAUCAACACUUCUAGAGGACUCUAUUAUCAACACUUCUAGAGGACUCUAUUGUCAACACUUCUAGAGGACUAUAUUAUUACAACAUGUCUAGAGGAUUAUAUUAUCAACACUUCUAGAGGACUCUAUUAUCAACACUUCUAGAGGACUCUAUUAUCAACACAUCUAGAGGACUCUUAUCAACACAUCUAGAGGACUCUAUUAUCAACACAUCUAGAGGACUCUAUUAUCAACACAUCUAGAGGACUCUAUUGUCAACACAUCUAGAGGACUCUAUUAUCAACACUUCUAGAGGACUCUAUUAUCAACACAUCUAGAGGACUCUUAUCAACACAUCUAGAGGACUCUAUUAUCAACACUUCUAGAGGACUCUAUUAUCAACACUUCUAGAGGACUAUAUUAUCAACACAUCUAGAGGACUCUUAUCAACACAUCUAGAGGACUCUAUUAUCAACACUUCUAGAGGACUCUAUUAUCAACACUUCUAGAGGACUCUAUUAUCAACACUUCUAGGGGACUCUAUUAUCAACACUUCUAGAGGACUCUAUUAUCAACACUUCUAGAGGACUCUAUUAUCAACACUUCUAGAGGACUCUUAUCAACACAUCUAGAGGACUCUAUUGUCAACACUUCUAGAGGACUAUAUUAUUACAACAUGUCUAGAGGAUUAUAUUAUCAACACUUCUAGAGGACUCUAUUAUCAACACUUCUAGAGGACUAUAUUAUCAACACUUCUAGAGGACUCUAUUAUCAACACUUCUAGAGGACUCUAUUAUCAACACUUCUAGAGGACUCUAUUAUCAACACUUCUAGAGGACUCUAUUAUCAACACUUCUAGAGGACUCUAUUGUCAACACUUCUAGAGGACUAUAUUAUUACAACAUGUCUAGAGGAUUAUAUUAUCAACACUUCUAGAGGACUCUAUUAUCAACACUUCUAGAGGACUCUAUUAUCAACACAUAUAGAGGACUCUUAUCAACACAUCUAGAGGACUCUAUUAUCAACACUUCUAGAGGACUCUAUUAUCAACACUUCUAGAGGACUCUAUUAUUAACACUUCUAGGGGACUCUAUUAUCAACACUUCUAGAGGACUCUAUUAUCAACACUUCUAGAGGACUCUAUUAUCAACACAUCUAGAGGACUCUAUUGUCAACACUUCUAGAGGACUAUAUUAUUACAACAUGUCUAGAGGAUUAUAUUAUCAACACUUCUAGAGGACUCUAUUAUCAACACUUCUAGAGGACUAUAUUAUCAACACUUCUAGAGGACUCUAUUAUCAACACUUCUAGAGGACUCUAUUAUCAACACUUCUAGAGGACUCUAUUAUCAACAUGUCUAGAGGACUCUAUUAUCAACACUUCUAGAGGACUCUUAUCAACACAUCUAGAGGACUCUAUUAUCAACACUUCUAGAGGACUCUAUUAUCAACACUUCUAGAGGACUCUAUUAUCAACACUUCUAGAGGACUCUAUUAUCAACACUUCUAGAGGACUCUAUUAUCAACACUUCUAGAGUACUCUAUUAUCAACACAUCUAGAGGACUCUAUUAUCAACACUUCUAGAGGACUCUAUUAUCAACACUUCUAGAGGACUCUAUUGUCAACACUUCUAGAGGACUAUAUUAUUACAACAUGUCUAGAGGAUUAUAUUAUCAACACUUCUAGAGGACUCUAUUAUCAACACUUCUAGAGGACUAUAUUAUCAACACUUCUAGAGGACUCUAUUAUCAACAUGUCUAGGGGACUCUAUUAUCAACACUUCUAGAGGACUCUUAUCAACACAUCUAGAGGACUCUAUUAUCAACACUUCUAGAGGACUCUAUUAUCAACACUUCUAGAGGACUCUAUUAUCAACACUUCUAGAGGACUAAUAUUAACACUUCUAGAGGACUCUAUUAUCAACACUUCUAGAGGACUCUUAUCAACACAUCUAGAGGACUCUAUUAUCAGCACUUCUAGAGGACUGUACUAUUAACGCUUCUAGAGGACUCUAUUAUUACAACACAUCUAGAGGACUCUAUUAUCAACACUUCUAGAGGACUCUACUGUGAUGCCCUCUGGUACCCCCCAAACUCGCUGUGUCCAAAUCAACUCCUCUGAGUUUAACAGAGUUUAACUCACAUAUAAUGCUAGCAGUUCACGGGAGCAGACGUAGAGCAGACUUCUGGAGUGGGGAAAGAAUGAAUGAUUUUCACUGUGUAGAUACAUUGUCUCAAUUAAAACUGUCUAAUUGAAGAUAAA